AUGGGCCAGGGACCCGAGCAGCUGGCGAAAGCGCUGUCGCUCAUCACGACCACCCUCUCCAGCAUGCAGUUGAAAGGUGGUGAGCAGAUCACACAGCAGCUGAAGGGAGCCGCGACAGCCCUGCAGGCCGCCAAGCCAGUGGAGCAGCCCAAGCCGAGGGCGGUGCGCAUGGCGGCGGCGGCGCGGGCAUUGCAGCAGGCACAGCAGCAGUACCAGGACGCCUUCGCCGCGAAGCAGAAGGCCGAGGAGGCGGCUCAGCGGGCGCGUGAGGCCCUGGAGGGGCGCGCGGCGGCGGUCUUGCAGGCAGAAGCCGCAUGCGAGGCCAUCCACCUGGAGGGCAAGCAGGGCCAGAAGGCGGGCAUCCUGGAGCAGCUGGUCACGGGCAACAUCGACCAGCUGGCCGAGGGCCAGCUGGCAGAGGACAUCGGCAAGGAGUUCGACCUAGGCGAGGACGACCUGGACGAGGAGGGACACCGCCAAGUGGAGGAGGCAAAGAGGCAAGUGAUCAAACAGAUGCAGGACAACGCUCGUCAGUUCCAAGGGCACCUGCGCGACCACAUCGCGAAGGCGAAGGCGACGGCGCUGGAGCAGCGGCGUACCAUCGCGCAGGAGGCCAAGAAGAGGAAGCUGACGGCGGCAGGAGCUGAGACCCAAGGUGGCGCAGCAGCAGCCCCCGCCGCAGCGGCGGCCACAGCGGGCAGCGCAGGCACCGCAGGAGCGGCGGCGCCACGCCCCGCUGAGCAGGCCCCCGCCCAGGACGAGGCGGCCGCGUACCUCGAGCGCAAGCGCGCGGAGGCAGCAGCAGGAGCUCCAGCGCAGGGCGAAGGCGGCCAGGGGCGACGGCGGAGGUUCGUUGGCGACGCCGCCGCCCAGGAGCGCACGCUGUUCUGCGCCAACACCAGCACUUGGGUGCCCACAGCCAGGCUGUGGCUGAUGCGACAGGGCAUCGAGGGGAGAGGCUAUGACAUGAUAGCGCUUCAGGAGUCGCAUGUACCACAUGCGCAGUUAGACGACGUGGAGAAUGACCUUGUGAAGAUGGGGUACAAGGCCACAUUCACGGCGGCAAGAGACAGUUCACGCUCGGCGGCAGGCACGCAAGGAGGCACAGCGGUGAUCUCCAAGGGCCACCUCCGAGUCACCAGUUUCAGACACCUGGCCCAGGCUCGGCAGGUCUCGAAUGCCACAGCUGACAUUCGACGAGACGUUGGCCGAGAACGUGGCUGGGAUAUGUGUGACUGGACACCCACUCAGUGGCAUCUGAAGGGCACCACGCUCACGGUUGUCAGCCUAUACUUGGAUUGCAACAGAUCACUGGUCGAGGGCAUCAACAGCCGCAAGCUCACCGCGCUCGCGGCGUUCCUCCGAACCAUACAGGGAGCGUGGAUUGUGUGCGGCGGCUUCAACUCCGACCCCUCGACCUUUUGGAACACGGGGUGGCCAGAGGUGAUGGGCGCGGCCGCAGUCCUCUCGCUCCCAGAGGACCAGCACACCUGCUUCCUCGCGGGGCAGGAGCCGUCGCACAUCGACUUCGCGCUGGUUAACGAGGCGGGCAGCAGGCUAGUCUCAGGCGUGGAGGGCGUCUUCGACGUCCCGUGGAAGCCGCACAUCGGCCUGAAGUUCACCAUUCGAGGACAAGGGGUCCCCACGCAGUGCAGGACGCUAGGCCUCCCCAAGGCCUUCGCGCACCCGCCGAGGCGAGGCAAGGGCCCCAGCCCCACCAGCAAGAGGACGAGGAGGAGGCUGCAGGCACGCGCGCAGGCUGAGGCAGCAGCUGGCGCCGCGCCGCGGCCACCGCCCCAGACCACUGCGCCAGGAGGCGCACCUGAGGACGCACCUGGGAGGAGCAGGCAGAGUGAGGAGCAGCUCGAUGACGCCAGGUGGGAGGCGCUCUCACCCGUCGCGGGCUGGACACACUUCCCGUGCGCCGACGACACCGAGCAGCACGGUCACCAGAUGGACCAAGAGGAGAUUGACGUCUUCGCCGAGCUUGAGCACACGGAGGAUGACAGCGUUGACUCGCCAUGGUCGCAGCCACCAGACGAGACCUACGCGGACGGCGAGGACACGACGGAGAUGGGAGACCUCUGGAUCAUGGCGGAGAUGGCGACAGAGCCGAAGGCCCAGCAGCAGAUCCCCACCUACAUCACCCAGAGCGCAGCUUUCGAGGCGACAGAGGAGGAGGCCACAGCGCUGGGCAAGAGCUACUCGGCGGUCAUGGACACCCUGGAGCAGUUCUACUGCAUGGCGUACCACAUCGCGCCGCAGGACCGUGCCAAGUUUUGCGGGCGAGGUGACCCCAGGCAGUUUGUCGUAUGCAAGGGCAAGGAGAGGCACGAGAGGAGAACGAGAUAUGCAAACCACACAGCGGACUGGUGGAGCAGGGCGGAGAGCACGCUCUCACUCCUCGCCAGGCUCCGCAAGAGGAACAAGGCUCAGGCGCAGCAGCAGCACUUGGCAGCGGCUGGAAGGCACCUCGCCUACGACGGCAUGCCGCAGACCAGCGCGUCCGCGUCGGAGACGGCCAAGCUGCGCCGCAAGCUGUGGCACACGAGGCUGAGGGACCUGAACCAGGUCAACACCGAGGUGAUCGAGGGCAUGGCCGCACAGGCAGAGGAGGAGAAGAGAUACGCGAUCACGAGGGACAUGAGGGAGAGCUCCAGGGCGUUCGGGCUGUGGCUGGCCUCAGCGGAGAAGAGCGCUGGCACGCUCCACCGCACCACCAAGCCGCCGCCCAGGAGAGAGGAGGAGCUGAUCACCGACGGCGGCGUGACUGACUGCCCGACCGCCAUCGUGGACGAGAAGGCAGUCGAGCAGGAGCUGACGGACACCACCUUGGCGCUGAGGGACGAGCUAGAGGCUCAGGGACUUACGCUGGCUGACAAGACGGUGAUCUUCGCAACCAGCUACAGGACGACGCGCGCGGUGCAGAAGGCGCUGCGCCAGAGGGGGCUCCAGGUUCAGGCAGUCACCGAGGGCAGGGACCUGGGCAUCGACAGAGGAGCCAGAGGCACGCUGUGGCGCGCAACCCACAGGAAGCGCACCAGCGGCGCUUUCAGGAGAUGCGGAGCGGUCGGCACCAAGCUGAGAAAGCUGGCGCUGGCCAAGAGGAGAGGAGUUCUACACCAAGGACCCGUGGCGUCCUACAUGUACGGCGCCACCGUGCACGGCAUGGCGCCAUGGGCGAGGCAGAAGGCGAGGAGGAGGUACGCUCAGGCAUUGAGGAGGCCGUGGCCAGGACGGUGCCUCACCACCUUCCUGGAGCUGGAGGGCACGGACCCCGCAGCCACCGCGGUGAGGGCGCAGCUGAAGACGUGGUUCGAGGUCUGGGCCCGCCACCCUGAGAUCCGCAACCAGGAUGACGUGCACCGCAUCUGGGGCGCCUGCGCAGCCAGGGAGGACAGCGAGGCAGUGAGGCGCAGCAGCGGCCUUACCAGGAGGGCGCUCGAGGGUUGCGAGACCAACCCAGCGUUCUGGCUUAGGGGCAUCACCCCCAAGAGCUGGACCGUGCCGCCGAGAUGCGACACCCUGCCUGCAGAGCACCUCGUCGGCGCCUGCAACUCCGAGCGCCGCCUCCGCGCUGACGAGGGACGGGAGCUCACGGCAUGCGGGGACGGCUCAGGAGGCGAGUACAGCGCAGACGAGCGAUACUGCAGGUGCGGCUGGGGCUGGGUGCUGCUGGGCGACGGCGACGAGUACGAGCAGAUCGGCGCGCGCUUUGGGCCUCUCCCAGGAGCUCGGCAGUCCAACAACCGCGCCGAGCUCUACAGCUUCCUGAGCUUCCUGCGCGCGACCGAGGGCAGGGUCACCUUCUGGACGGACAGCGAGGUCACGUGCACGGGCUGGGCUGCGCAAAGGGAGAGGACCCAGGGCCAAGGUCACAGCAACGGCGACCUGUGGUUCCAGGUCGGCGAGGCGAUUCGCGAGAGAGGAGGAGACAGGAGCGACAUCACCAUGAAGCACCUGAACAGCCACAUGACGGAGCACGAGGCGAUGGCGAAGGGCGUGCCGAGGCGAGUCUGGGCGGGCAACAAGGCAGCAGACGAGUACGCAGAGGCAGGAGCAGCGACGCACGCGAUCAGCGACACGGAGAUGAGCUGCUACGAGUGGGUGCGCGCCACGGCCCACUUGGUGAGAGAGCGCAUCGCGGCCACCACCGCUGCAGUGCUCGCCAGGAGGCCGCCCGACGACAAGGAAAUGAGAGCGGCAAGGAAGAGGCUCGCGCAGCAGAGGCGCCAGGACCGCCUCCUGAAGCGCGACCUGCUCGGCGGCGAGGCGACCAGGAGACCACCGACGUCGCACAUCCUAGAGCGCGACAAGCGUGGCACAGGAUGGAGGUGUCAGCAAUGCAGGGAGGCGGUCAGCUGCAGCACGGCGACCGCGACCAUCCGCGCCUGGAUGGAGAAGCCGCGCGGGGGGCCACCUCCGCUGAGAGCCAUCACCAUCACGAGGUACGGAGUGGAGUCGCACCCGACGCACAAGCUGAGGAGGUUGCUCGACCAAGACCGCUGGUUCUGCGAGCGAUGCGGAGGAGCGACGACGGAGCUGAUCGCCACUAAGCUGCAGGAGCCCUGCUGCGGUCACACAGUCUGCAGCAGUGGCCACUACAGGCUUGAGGGCUGGCUGAGGCAGGCCGCCAAGGAGGGCGGAUCAGGACAGCGGGCAGCGCCGCAUGAGAAUUACGCAGACGGCGGGCUGAGGUGUCAGAACGCAAAUCCAGCGGCGGUGCUCCUCGAGCCGUCAGCUGGUCCAUCGCCGCCAGGGACGCAGCCACCAGUCGAGAUCUGCGCGGACGGCGAGCUGUGGUGUCAGAACGCUAAAUCCAAGUCGGUGCUCCUCGAGCCGACCGCUGGUCCACGUCGCCACUGCAGCCCGAACCAAGGCCAGGACUACGCACAGUGUCAGAACGCAAAUCCAGCGGCGGUGCUCCUCGAGCCGUCAGCUGGCCCAUCGACGACACGGCUCGAUCAUGACCACGGCCAGGUCGCGACGGGGUGUCUGAACGCAAAUCCCGCGGCGGUGCUCCUCGAGCCGCCCGUGGGUUCAGCGUCGCCACGUUCGGACGAGCAGGUGCGGAGGACCCGCACCGAAGAGGAGCAGCAGCAGGAGGCACAGCGACUUCUACAGACCGCAGCGAGACGGGCCAUCACCAGCUGGCAGCCCGAGCACGACGCCGUGCAGAGCGCCACGCAAGCGGAGGACCUCGACGACGCUGAGGCAGAGGCAGCGAGAGCGAGGGCCUUGCUGGAGGCCGAGAGGGAGAAGGCAGCUGGGCAGCGAGGCGCCUGCUGGAGGGCGGCGCGCAGCGAGAGAGGCGACCAGCGCGAGCCACGCGACAGACGGCUACGCGAGGCGGAGGCGAGAGAGGCCAGACGUCAGGCGGCGGUGGCCAGGCGGCGGCGCGGUGCGAGGCACGCGACGAAGCGGCUGCUGGACUGCCUGCAGGUCUUGCGGGGCAUGUACCCCGCGCUGAUCCAGGGUGUGGUUCAGGCCGUGAAGUUCGUGCUGCGGCUGCCCCGCCGCCCCGCGCAGCUGCGGGGCCACCCGAGGAGGCCUCCUGAGGGGGGCGGGCAGCUGGUGGCCCUGCUGCAGCUGGCCUCCGCCCUGCGCCACGCGUGCGAGCACCUGGGGGCCGAGGCGCUGGAGGACGGCUCCUUCCACUGCAACGCCCUGACGUCGGCGCUGCUGCGGCAGCUGUCGGACCCCCUCGCGGUGUGCACGGGGUCCGUCGCGCCCUGGUGCUCCAAGCUGGCCGCCACGUGCCCCUUCCUGUUCCCGAGAAGCGCCCGGCUCAUCCUGCACAACAGCUGCAGCCUGGGGCCGAGCAGGGCGCUGCACCACGUCCAGCAGCGCGCCCUGGCGCAGAAUGCGCACAGUCAGGAGGCGCAGCGUCAGCUGGAGGGCGAGGUGGCCUUCGCCAGCAUCCCGCGCCAGAAAGUGCGCAUAUCGCGCCAGCGCAUGCUGGAGAGCGCCGUCAAGGUAAUGAACCUGUACGGGGCCGGCACUCCCCUGCUGGAGGUGGAGUACGUGGGAGAGGUGGGCACCGGCCUGGGGCCCACGCUGGAGUUCUACGCGCAGGUGGCAGAGGCGCUGCGCACGUCCGAGCCCCGGCUCUUCCGGGCGGGCGUGCCGCUGGGGAUGCUGUACCCCGAGCCCCGGCACCCGGGGUGGCUGCGCGAGGGGCGGGACAGGGAGGCGCAGCAGAUCCUGGAGCGCUUCCGCCUGCUGGGCCACGUGGUGGCGAAGUGCAUCCUCGACAGCCGCCUGGUGGACAUCCAGCUGCACCCGCUGUUCUGGCGCCUGGUCCUGGGCCACGGCCCCCUGUCGCAGCUCUCCCUGCGCGAGGUCGACCCCGCGCUCUUCGGCCAGCUGGGUGGCCUGCAGUCAAUGAGCGCCGCCGACCUGGAGGGCCUGUGCGUCGACUUCACGCUGCCGGGCCAUCCAUCGAUCGAGCUGAAGCCCGGAGGGGCCAGCAUCGCGCUCGCGGCCAGCAGCGUGCACGAGUACGUCGCGCUCGUGUCCGAGGCGUCCCUGGCGUCCGCCUGCGAGCCGCAGGCGGCCGCCUUCCGGCAGGCUUUCGCCGAGCUGCUGCCACUGGGCGCCUGCCAGAUCUGGUCGGAGGGGGAGCUCUCCUCGAUCGUCAUGGGCGCCUCGGUCAACGACGACACGUUUUGGACGCUGGACCACCUCGGUGCGCACAUCAAGGCGCAGCACGGCUACAGCGCGCAGUCCGCGUGCUUCCGCAGCCUGCUGGCCGCGAUGGCCGCCUUCGGGCCGGAGGAUCGGCGGAAGUUCUUGAUGUUCGUGUCGGGCACGCCGGCCCUUCCGGCCAGCGGGUUUGCAGGGCUGAAGCCACCGCUGACGGUGGUGAAGAAGGAGGCCCCGGAGGCACCGCGGUCACCGGACGAGUUCAUGCCGUCGGUGAUGACGUGCGCGAACUAUCUGAAGUUGCCGGAGUACUCCUCGCCGGAGGCCCUCAGGCAGAAGCUGCAGCUGGCCAUGAACGAGGGCCAGUCGGCUUUCCUGCUGUCGUGA